AUGAUCACCCUGGAUCGAAUCCGUUUGGUUCCAAGGGUUGAGCGCACCGUCUGGCAUUCCGUCUCAUCCAGAACGAUGUCAUUUGCUUUGAUGUUCAAUUAUGCUAUUGCCAAUCUUCCCAAUCAGUCAACAAAGAAAGGUAUACAUACUAACGACUUGGUUGCUGACUCUACUACAUAUUACAUGAACGCAUCUGCUGCCCAUCAGUCCCUCUAUCCGGCUUGCAAAAGGGAAGUCCACAUCAGCCAAGUUACCUUCCCAUGGGUUGCAGCAGCCCCAUCGCUCAAUGGGAUUGAUAAACUUGUUCCAAUCAGCGCGGCAUUGCAAUGCCCCUUUGUUGGAUUCGUGCUCGAACCUAUGUCGCCGCAGAGGAUACCCCUUACAGAUCCCUUCAAUGCCUGGCGACGAGCGCUGUACGAGAUAGGAUGUUCGAUCACUGGAAGUGUGAUCUUGCUGUCGCUCCAUCUUGGCCGUUUAGCAAGGGAAGACGUGCUUAUCUGCGCCAACAAGCGAGCAUUUACAAGGGGGAUGACGCUAUGCGUAUGUAGUUGGGUCCAUCCCCGUGGUGGUGAUCGUCACAUGGUGAUCCACGAGGCUGCACCAGUUCGUGGCAAGAACCUCAUCCUUUUGGCUGGGUCACUAAUCCAGUAUCAACACCGAGGUAUCCUGGAAGACCAGCCCAUCGCCGCAUUGGAGUCAUUCAGAAGACAGUUGAUAUUGAUACUUGGAACUCCUCCAGUGUCAACAACAAGGAUGUGA